AUGGCGGACGAGCUGGAUCGACUGCUGGACGAGGUGGAGAGGCGGCUGUGGCACCGGCCCGGCGGCGGCGAGGAGCAGCCCGCGGCGGCCAAGGAGGGCAGAUCAGCUAAAGUGUCAGUGAGUGCUGACAGCAGCGAAGAAGAUCUAGACGACAUUAUUGAUGAAAUCUGUAAUGACAGCAGCUUUACCAAAACACCUCUGAAAUUGAAGUGUAAUUCUGCAAGUCUCACACCUGAAAGAAACAGUGUUAUUGUACAGGCACAUGGGAAAAAAUGCUGUCCAGUGUACCUUGGUGGAAGCCUUUCACCAUCUGGGAUAGGAACAAAUAUUUCAAAAAGAACGUGUGAUCAGCUACGUUGUACUGCUUGUGACUUCCGUGUGUCACUUUUCAAUGACUACAUCUGGGAUCAGUCCUGUGAUUAUCUCUUUUUCAGGAAUAACAUGCCUGAGCUCAGUAAACUAAGAGCAAAGAUGAUAAAGAAGAAAGGAGCACGUGCAUAUGCUUGUCAGUGCAGCUGGAGAUCCAUUGAUGAAUUAACUGACCUCCAAACAGAGCAGCAGCUUCGAACCUGCAGAGACCCAGCAGUGUGCCUGGGAAGUCUGGCAGUGCUUCUUCAGUGCUCCAGGCUGCAGCCUCCAAUGCCCAUGCAGCCUGGCCGUAGAGUCAGAGGUGAGUUGGCUUUGGAGAGGUACUACUUGGCACCAUGGUACAGACAUAUUUAGGGUCAUCUAUUGUUUCUAGUGAAUUUAGUAUUUCAGGCUGAAGUUUCAACUACUAGAGUCCAAAACUGCAGGUUCAGGACCAGAGACCAGUUGACUAAUGCUCCUAGAAGAUCUCUGCUUGCCUUUCUGUCCUUUGUGAAGAUGUAGCCCUGGUCUGGGCUGUACCCAGACCAGUAGUGACUGCUCCUGGGUGUUCUUCAGGUGUCAAGUGACUUUCAUGCCUUGAGAGCUUCAGUGCUCAGAAUAAGAGAAGAACUCAGCAGUCAGUAACAAGCUCUGGGGAAGAAGAAAUCUGCUUUCCAUUCUUCUUGAAGAAUACAUUUCAAAAAGUGCUGAGUUGCCUUGGCUUUUCUGUUCCAAGGCUAUUUGGAACUCAUGACCAAGUAGUUCCACAGGGUGUCUUUUGGCUAGAAUGGUACUGCAACUUGUGCUGCAAUGUAGAAACAAGCUGGGCUUGCAGCCUGUGAGCAGGAAAUGGGGAAAAUCCUAAUUCCCAUCUCAGUUCAUGAGACUGAGUCUUAUGUGACUUGGAAAGAGACCAUGUCUCCUGUACCCUGAACAUUCCCCUGAAAUAAUCAGGUUUAUUCAAGGGUAGUUAACUUGUUCUGGCCUUGGUCAGAGUGGUGGGAUAUUACAGCUUUUUGUCCAAGGGAAAUGGUAAACAGGUAUAGAAAUAGUGUUUCUGGUACAGGUUUUCAGAAUUUAAUCAUAUUUCUAGAUUUGAGAAUAUUUGCUAUGACGUAAGAUACAGUUAUUUUGUUGGAAGAAGAAGCAGUAUUAAGAGUGGAUUUCCUUUCCUUUGCUUUCUUCAGUUACAUGUCACAAACCACUCCCAAGUCCUUGGAUUAAAAGGAAUGUAAAGAAAGAUAAAACUAGAGCUUGAAUGUUCAUUUGAUGAAGGUAUUGUCAGAUUGUACAAGGUUUUCAAGAUAUAGCCCAGACCCCAAGUGACAUUUCUGUGUCAGUUACAUUAGAUAGCAGGGAUUAUGUAGAGAAUUCUGUUUAAGAAUAUGUAAAAAUUUCUUUUUUAAGAAUGCAAUUCAGCUGUUGUCAAAUGGAGUACUGGAGUGUUGCUAAGUAUAAACAUGACCACUGUUUUCCUCCAAUUUUUUGCUUUGGAAUAGUAAUACCAUUUCCAUUUGUGACAUGGGCAAGGUGAAAAUUAAAGAUUUUUAGUUUGAUUACUGAUAUACUUGAAAAUUUUCUAGCCUGUCCCAUUAAUCUGCAGCAGAUCCAUCAAAGAAACAAAAGUAAUGAAGGAUGACAAAAUUCCAUCAAUUUUUUAUAUGCUGCUCUGACUUACCUUUCACUUGUUUUACCUGCAAAUUAUGGAAGGUGAAAAUAGUUCAGAAGAGUCAUUAUUAAGAAUCGACCUGCCAUUAAAGUUAACUUAGAGAAGCAUAAUAACACUACAUAUUGCAAGCUCUGCUCUGAGGAAAAAAAAAAAAAAUUAAUACCUAUUUUGGUUUUGUACUGAAGAUAUUCUGCAAAUGCUGCCACUUGCUGAAAGACUGCCACUUCUCUUGUUUCCUGACAUGUGAGUCUUUGGGUCAUGUAACCAGCACAUGUAGUAGUCACACAAUAUAAGAAGUGCUAUGCUGGGAGCUGCGUAUGCAAAUUUUUCUUCCUGUCAGGCUCUUUUUUCAGAAGACCUGGUGUUCUGUCUGUGGUCUGACACCUGAUAACUGCAGGCAGGUGGAGUAAAGGAACAUCAGGUGCUGAUCGUUUGUGAGGGCCACAUCUGAUGCCUAGGGUUUGGCAUGUAUGCUUUG